AUGGAUGCAAAGGCUGCCGUACUUCUGCGUCAGGUGCGGGACUUUGUGUCCAGCUUACCAUCUGGAGCGUUCCCUGGCACAGCUGCCGCUGCAGCAUCUCUCAUUGAAGCUUUGACAACUGAGUUUGAGACUGGCAGGAAAGCUCGCCAUGGCACGCUACAGACCCGUCGGCAGCUGCAGAAGCAAUCGCAGAAACUGAAGCAAAAGAUCGAGAAGCUAAACGGGGAGUUGGCUGUGGCACGCUCGGACAAGCUGGCGGGUCGUGUGACAGACAUGUGGUUUCUUCGUUGCGCCUUUGCUGAUCCCAAGGUCGCCUUGCAAUCCUUAGCGCUCUGGUGCGAGACAUUCUAUGUGCAAGAGCAAAAGGCCAUCUCCAGAACGUAUAUUGCCACUGCGAAGGAUGCCAUGUGUGAGCUGGUGAAGCAGCUGAAUUGCGAAGAGCUUGCGCAUCUUGCGGCAACGCAGGACGGGACGCUGUUUGUUCGCCACAUUCACGAUGAGGCCCUGAUGAAGCUGCGGAGCUACAAGCCAGACGCAGCCGUGGCGGGCCGCAUCAUCCGUGGAAAGUAUUCAAAGGUGCAGAACAAUGUGAUGGAGUUUUUCUGUGGGCAGCAUCGGCUGGAAUACUUCACGGAGCUGCAAUGCCUGGACCGCAAGGACUCGCAGACCAUAGCCUCGGCAAUCAUCUCGGUCCUGGAGGGUGCCGUUAGUGCUUUGGGAUUGCCAGAUGGGCGCCGUGCUCAAUCUCGCAGGCUGGUCCAUUGCCUGAUUGGUGAUGGGAUCAGCACGAAUGCCAAAGCUGCGAGGUAUGUUCUGGCUCACUUCAAUCGAAGCCUUGCAGCUGGCCCUUUACAGUACAGGCUGGUUUUGGUCAAAUGCGCAUCCCACGCAGCGAACCUAGUGGUGCAAGUCGGCGUUACUGGCUCGCUGAUCCGGGACCCAAUCAAUCGCUGCGAUUUAACAGCGGCGUGUAGCAGGAACGGCUCGGACAUCCUCCGGCGCGGCAUUCCGCAGGGUAUGGAGGCGAAACCGGCCUUGACCUGGAACAGCAAGUACGAGAACUGUACAUUUGUGCGCGCGUUAUUGCUACUGAAGCUCCUGGGGAUACCCAGCACCGCUCUCCGACCUUCUCGUCAGCUGGGCAAUGACACCGCGCUUCGGUGGGAUCGCUUCGUGGGCUUCUACGAGAACCGGGGUGCCGAACAACGUCUGAAGAAGGUCGCCUUAUGCCUCCGGUUGACCGAUGUGGCUUUGGCAAUAACAGCAGCGAAGCACGAGAACAGGCAAGGCAGGGAGCCGACAAUUGUACGGCUGAGUCGCGGUGAUGUGCAACGUGCCGCUUCAACUCAGGUGACGACUGUUUUGGCUUUGUUGCACACCGAUGUCCAUCUGGAUGUAACGGAUGUCCUUACAGGACUGUUGACCACGCAUGGCCACCUUGUGGUCCGAUUUGACGACUAUGCCAAGUGGCCGUUUCGCAUGUGGACCCUCUGCCAGCGCUGGAACGCAGAUUCUUUUGUCUCUGCCAUAGAGGCGUUUUUGGACCUUGCGCCUGCCGAGCUUGAUGCCGGCUUCUGCCGGCCGCUGCAGGCCGAAGCUUUGAAGCAGGGAUCUCUCGCUCAGGGUAUCUCUUUCCUCUUGGCCGACGCAAUCCAGUUUGAACUGGAACAGACGCUGGAGAUCCUUUCCGCUUCCAGUCUGGACGUUGAAAGGAAACACGCCCAGGACAAGAAGCAAGAGAGAAACCGGGUGCUAUCAGCUGCGGCAGCCAGCCGAAAUUGCUUGCUUCAGCGCUACUGCACAGGCCGUCACGCAGCCAUUGCUGCAAACGUCCAGCUUCGUUCUGCGAUGUCAAAGAAGCUCAAAAUGUCUGCUACUGCGCUCGCUGCUCAACACAACCCCAGUUGGCUGCCUAGGCCAGGUGGCUUCAUGGGCAGCCAGUUUGAUCAUCCCGGCCGUCCUGCAGACCUCAAGCAAUAUGUCGAGGCAAACAAGGUGACCUUGCAAGCUGAAGCUGCAGCGAUAAGGACGAAUGCUGACUGGCUGCGCUUUUUGGAGACCAGACGUGCAAGAUUCCGCGAACUGCUUCGAGCUGCUACUGCGCAACGCCGCGCCCUCUCAGCCAGGUUAGUCCCGCUUGCCGAUGAGAUGCCGCUAGCUGCUCCUUUACUGCCUGUAGUUCCGUUUGACCAACGCUGGAAUUGCGAAAGGAAACUUUUCCAAGAGAGGCAAGGCUGGUUUUUGCUGACGAGUCCUGGCCGACGUGUUGCCGUUUUCUACGUUGGCCUUCGUGGCAAUGGCCAUGCUCUCUGCCUCACGGAAACUGCCCGCCAAGUGCUGCAGUUGCCUGCCUCUGCGAUCCUGCACGAUUCGUGGCAGCCAGUCCGCGCGCUGUUGCUGUCAAAUGGAUUUCCCUUUCAAGCGCAGGACGCGGCCGUGUAUUCUUUAGAUAUCCAAGUGCAAUCCUUGGGACCGCCAUGUGUGACUGUCCGUGUCGUGGGCGCAACAGAGGUGGUUCUGAAGGCACGCCGGCCACGACGUUCGGCGAAGGCCCGGAUGGACGAUUCUUGCACGGAAGCUUCCUUGUCUGACGGCGCCAAUGCCGAGGCUUCUGAUGACUCUGAUGUCCAGAGCUUGGACACUGCGCUCGACUCAGAAGCUGCCGAAGCUCAAGAAGAACCAGACUCUUGCGAUGAGCGGCCGCAGGCAGAUGUUGGCAACCCCUUGGAGGACGCAGAAGAUGUUCAGCUACGCCUGCCCAAAGGCACACAUGUGGUCGUGGAACACAGCAACCCGUUUUUUACUCUUGAGGAUCACUACAAGGUAGUCUCUGUCCCUGUGAGCCUUUCAACGCGGGAGUCGCCUCUGACAGCAAUGCCUCCGACAGCAGAGGCGGUACAGGCUGAGCUGCAGCGUCUCCAAGAAGGAGUGGAAAACUCUCAAGACAUGAUCCAGCUUCAUGUCGCGCUCAGGCGCGCAGGAGGUGAGGGCUGCCGUGUCAAUGCAGCUCAGAUGUUGGGAUGGAAGCAGCGCCUUUUCCAGUCUACUUCUAUGAAGUGCACUUUCUGGGUGGUUCCAAAAGCAAAUUUGCCAUCCUUAGGCGAGUUGUCUUCGUAUGUUAUCGACCCCGCUACUUUGACAGACAUUCCUGCAUGGCUCGACUUGUGCCAGCACUACAUCCUGGACGACGCGGCUCCGCGCAACAGUCUAGGACUCGGGGUGCGGACUAUCGAAGUGAGUCUUGCCAUCCAGCGCACAAAAGACGCGGCGCGGCCGGAGUCGCGACCAGCCUUGCAGGGGUGUGGCAACAUUGACGCUGCUCCGACCUCUGCAGAACAGAACCCAGCUCCUUCCUCUUCCCGUGCCAUGCCGCAAGCAGAAGAAGGAAAACCGCCGCGAACACGCGUCCUGCAGCCUCGUACAAGCGACGAUCUGCCGGAACAACAGGCGGCUGAAGAGAUUGCGGAAAACUGCAAAGAAGCUUUCGUGAAUGCCAGAUACUUCUCCUCGGACCCAUUGAAUUCCAACACAGUGGUUUUCUGGAUGGAGCGGUACAAGGAGCACAUCAUGAGUCGUUUCUCGAUGUUCCAGGAGGAUCCAGCGCAGUCUGCAGAAGAACGGCCGCCCUUGGACCUGUUCACGCAAGGCCUGGAGGAGCACAGCCGCUUGUUGAUCAAAUACUUGGUCAAAACGGUCUUGAACCCACCGAAAGAGAUGCCGUUCAGUGACAUCCACGCUUUCGUGUCAGUUUUCGAGGAAUUGCUGAAGAUCCCGGGGCUGGUUCCUGACACCGGUAGAGCAAUUUGUGCUAUUGCUCGGCGGAACAUGCUGGACAAAUCGCCCAUUUCCUUGUCGCUUUCUCUGCAGCAACAAGCGGUUUUCUUCAGAAGCUGUUUCUACCAGGGCUUCCUGAAACAUCGCGCAGGCGAGCGCCUGAAGAAUGCCAUGACGGACGUCUCAGCUGCUUUUUCGGACCGGCUGGUCGUAGUGACAGACAUCGCAGCCGACGGGCAUCUAACAGAGCUGCAGUUGCGAGACCUGGACUUUGCCAAGACGAUCUUCGGUGCAAGCUCUGAGGAAGUCAAGCUAGAAUUCCUCCUUGCCAAGGACAUCUUCCAAGGGUUUAGGGUUUCGGGUUUAGGGUUAGGGUGUAAGGUUCAGGCUUGA